CUCUUAUUUCCUCCUUUUUUUUUUGUUUUACUCUUUUUUUUAUAAUUUUUUGUGUCUUAAUAUUACUUUUAUAAUCUAGUUUUUCCUUUUAUAAUAAUGGCCAGUGAUCAAGAAGUUGAAAUGGCCGUUUCCAUGCCGCCACCUUCUUAUCAUUCGCCUCAAAUGCCUUCUCGUCUAAAAUCCUUCUUCAUCACUCCUCCGUCCGUCGAGCAACCUGCCCCUUCAUUUACUGUACCUAAUGAUUUUGAAACGCCCAAGGCACAGAAAGGAUUCAAAAGUAAUUCAUGGUUCUCCACCGCUUCCUUACAGAACAACAAAGGCAUCCGUCGAGUCGCAUCCGCUCCCAACGCCAAGUUGCUCAAUUCAACCAAACAACAUCAUCCCACCAUUCAACCCCCAAAGUCGGUCAUGUAUAACAACGUUACCGAAUCCGUUCCCGCCCUUCACAACCAAGGCUCGCCUGAAUACGUUCAACGUAUGCGUUCCUUUCGUCGCACUUAUUCAUCCGCCAGCAUCAAGGUUAAAAAGGUCGAAGUCGGUCCAUCGAGCUUUGUUAAGGUGCGAAUGUUGGGCAAAGGCGACGUUGGCAAAGUUUACAUGGUUAAACAGAAGGGCACCGAUAAAUUGUUUGCCAUGAAAGUGCUUUCAAAACGAGAAAUGAUUAAACGUAACAAGAUAAAACGCGCCUUGGCUGAACAGGAAAUCUUGGCCACCUCCAAUCAUCCCUUCAUCGUCACUCUGUAUCAUUCUUUCCAAAGCCAGGAUUAUCUCUACUUUGUUAUGGAAUACUGCAUGGGAGGAGAGUUCUUUCGAGCUUUACAAUUACGACAAGGAAAAUGUCUGGAUGAAAAUGGUGCUCGUUUCUAUGCUGCCGAAGUUACGGCUGCACUGGAAUACCUUCAUUUGCAAGGUCACAUCUACCGUGAUUUGAAGCCUGAAAAUAUUCUACUGCAUCAGAGCGGUCACAUCAUGCUCACCGACUUUGAUCUCAGCAAAGGAUCGGUUCCGCCCGGCAAUCCUGGCGUCGUCAAAUCCUCGUCCCCCAAUCUCCCACCUUCCAUCGAUACCAAAAGCUGCGUGAACAACCUCCGCACCAACAGUUUUGUGGGAACGGAAGAAUAUAUUGCACCUGAAGUCAUCAAAGGCUGCGGUCAUACAAGUGCCGUCGAUUGGUGGACCCUUGGGAUUCUUAUUUACGAAAUGCUGUACGGUACCACACCGUUUAAAGGCGCUAAUCGCAACGAAACCUUUUCCAAAAUUCUCCAUUGUGAUGUGAAUUUCCCUACACAACCAGCCCCCUAUCAAAAUCGAACCUUGUCAAACGCGUGUAAAAACCUUAUUCGAAAGUUAUUGCACAAGGAUGAACAUCGUCGGUUAGGAUCCCGCGCUGGCGCGGCCGAUGUCAAGGCACAUCCGUUCUUUAAAAACAUCAACUUUGCUCUUCUUCGUCACACCGUGCCUCCCAUCAUUCCUCCUAUGCAGAAAUCCAACGGUAUCGAUGCUCUCAACUUUCGCAAAAUGCCACCGGAAAGCAUGAGUUUGGACCUUGAAUCCGAUGAUGUCAUGGUCACUGUAAAAUCAGGCAGUAACGCGAACCCUUUUGAACAAUUUAACUCUAGUAAGUGACUUGAUCAUUGAAUCAUUGGGGAAUAGGCUUAUUCAUUUUUCUAUUGUUGUUGCCUCAGUUACUCUAUAUCACGACGGCGACUCUGACUUUGAAAAUGAAGCUUAAACCAUCCCACUAUUCCAUAAUUUUUUUACUUACCCCGUUUGACAAGGAGGAUACAAUUCUCCAGUAAUUUAUUUUACCCAUCAAAAAAUACCAUAAUUCAUUACAGUUUAACAAGGAUACAUUUCUACUCUCGCUAUUGGAUACCUAUUUUUUUUUUAUUUUUGGUUUUAAAACGGGAUCGGCCUUUAAUUCUGAUCUUGUGAAUAAAUACAUAACGAUUAACUUAC